AAUCAGUGCUCCACUGGAUAUGCCUCUUUUAAAACCAUCAAACGUAGCUCAUUUUUUCCCUUACAGACUGCUUUUGUUGUUGAUGAAGUGAGCAACAUUGUGAAAGAGGCUAUAGAAAGUGCCAUCGGUGGCAACGCCUAUCAGCACAGCAAAGUCAAUCAGUGGACCACAAAUGUCGUAGAACAAACUUUAAGCCAACUCACCAAGCUGGGAAAACCAUUUAAAUACAUUGUGACCUGUGUAAUUAUGCAGAAGAAUGGAGCAGGGCUGCACACGGCGAGUUCUUGCUUUUGGGACAGCUCUACUGACGGGAGCUGCACCGUGCGCUGGGAGAACAAGACCAUGUACUGCAUCGUCAGCGCCUUUGGACUAUCCAUCUGACCUCGUCCGCCCAGGCUCCCUCCUCCUAUCUCCACACUUCUUUUCCAUCUUCUAACCACCAGCUGUGAAUUCAGUGAACACCUUUCCCAUUCUGUUUUCUGUGGCACUCUCAAAAUGUAGAGAAAAACCAAAUGACUGCACUGUGCUGUGAUCAGCGCCCCCUCGGCCAGAGGAACUGUUCACUCGGACAGUCGGAAGCCUGGGCUGCCACUGUCUUCACUCUGAACAUCUCUCUUCAAAGGUGCUAAACACUCAGAUCUGCUGGUGUGAACCUUUCUCUACUCUCUGAAAUUUCAAACACACUAAUUUUCCAUACUUUAUACUUUUGUUAGAAUAAAUUAUUCCAAUUUAAA